GCUUCAAAAGCAAAUGAAGAAGGAUAUAUGGCUGGACUGUAUUUAAUUCAGGUGACAAUUUUGAUAUGUUUGAUUGCCUGUGUUGAUGGACAGGCUUUGUAUGAAGAGAUAUGCGUGAACAAAAUUGUAAAUGAGAUGCACCAAUUUUAUGAUAGAGAGAUGCAACUCCAGACACAAGUGAACAAACUAAAAGAUCAACUUGGUUCUUGUACAUGUACAGACAAAGUAGAGUUUUUACAAUUUCAUCUGAGCUGUUUAAGUGAAAAGGGAAUCUAUCAGGAACAAAGUGAUACAAAGAAUCAGUAUUGUUUCAUAAAAUCGGCUUCUACAUGGACUGACAGCAAGACAAAGUGCCAGUCGUUCGGGGGACACCUUCUCGAAAUUGAAACACAGUCUGAGCAGAUCUGGUUAAAGGGAAAAGUAAGAAAUUCAGGCUCCAACUUGGAAGAACGGUGGUGGAUCGGCGCAGUUUUAGACCCAGUAAAAAAUGUAUGGGUUUGGGACCAUUCAGGCACUGCAAUGAAUUUUACAAACUGGCAUCCAGAAGAACCAAAUGGUGAAGGACGUGAACAGUGUGCUCUGAUGUGGGACGCUGACCUGUGGCAGGAUUAUCCUUGCACUGACUUGUUUUACAUCAUCUGUGAAAGGAAAUAAAAACGAUUCUAUAAUGCGAACAAGUAGCCAAUAACUAAUAUUGUUAUAAUCUGCAGUAUAUACUCUCAUUAUUGAUGAAUCAUUUUUUUACUGUGAUAAAUUGCCAUGUGAAACUCAUUUUCAAUUUCAGGAUGUAACUAUUGACAUCAAAAUGCGUAUCCAUGUAUGUUCUACAAAAAUAUUAAUUUCCAUAAACUCAUAAGCUUUAUUUGAUUCAUAGAUUAAACUUAACUCAAAAUAUCUUUCAAAAUCGCUGUUUUUGUCCAGUAGCUGCUGUCGGCUUUCAAGUAAGGAAAUCCAGCUUCGGAAGACUAUCGGUAAUAAAAAAAAAAUUGAACGAAGGAACAUAGUUCUGCCUGGGACCAUGUCCCAUUUCUAUCUCUUAUAGACU